AUGCCUUCCCCGCCACCACUGUAUGAUCAGUUAUUUCCACCGCAGGGACCUGAGCAGCAAACGUCAAUCAGACAAUCCUCUCCCGAGGCCGCAUUACCAUUAAGCGACCAACGUCCCCAGGAGUCGCCGCAAGCUCAUCAUCCAGCGUCAGGCACUCCCCCUCAAUGCCCAACACCUGCCGACACGCCCGUCAAUCAACCGCCAGUUCAAAUAGUUCCCCGACCACAGGAAGACAUUGAUGAGAUCUUCGAAGCUAUAGAAACCAACAACUUCGACAGUCCCAUCUUCGGAGAAGCAGGUGCGGUAUACCACGACAAACUAACACGUCGGCUCAUGCCUAGGACACCUAUGUUUCAGCAUUACAACAUUAUUCCUGAGGUGCCCCAACCGAGGCCUGUAGCUGCUCCCAACGAUAGACUGCAAACACCUGAUACGCCGACACCUAAGCCAAAGCCUAAGCGUAAGCCUAGGAAGAGGAAGCGCGAUCAGACGCCGCAGGAAACAGUCAUCAAGAAGGAGGGGGAGAAGGUACAAGAGGAGCCAGUGGAGAAGAAGCAGAAGGGUGUGAAGGUUGAAGACGCUUCGUAG